UCAGCGGGAUGAAGCUGGUAGGAAAUACCCGAGGUAUCGUACAUAAACCCUCAGUGUUUGUGUCUCAUCGGCGAUUUGACGACGGAAUUCGUGUUUAGACGCAAACACCAGGGACCAACGACGGAUAUCUGGUGCACGACAUCGUUGGAACGAGGAUCCUUUUCACCACAGUGCCAUGGAGUUUCCAGACCUGGGAGAACACUGUUCAGAUAAAUCCUGCAAGCGCUUGGAUUUCCUGCCGAUGAGAUGUGACGCCUGUGAAGAGAUUUUCUGUAAAGACCACAUCACUUAUGCAAGUCACAAGUGUACUUCCUCAUACAAAAAGGAUGUCCAGGUCCCAGUGUGUCCACUGUGCAAUAUCCCCAUUUCCAUUAAAAGAGGGGAAAUGCCAGACAUUAAAGUCGGAGAGCACAUAGACCGUGACUGCAAGUCAGAUCCUGCACAGAGGAAAAGAAAGAUUUUUACAAACAAGUGCUCGAAGGGAGGCUGCAAGCAGAAAGAGAUGAUUCGUGUAACAUGUGACCAGUGCCACUUGAACUACUGUCUUAAGCACCGACAUCCACUGGACCAUGAUUGUAAGACUGAUGGCAAGCCAGUCUCCAAAUCAGGACAUGCUGCUUUAAUGAGAGCUCAGGGUGCUUCCAGCAGUAAUGCUGCAGGAUCCUCUGUUAAAGGGAGCUCUAGUGCGGCGGGCCGACCGCCACGUGCUCAGAAUAGUAGUGCACAAAGGACUUCAGCCCCUCCUGUGGUUCCCCCUGUGGUGCACAAUGUAAUACCUUCAUCAGCUUCCUAUCAGGCUGGACUGACAGAGGAGCAGGCUCUCCAGCGUGCAUUAGAGAUGUCCCUGGCAGAAACAUCCCGACAAACACCAGCAACUCUCAGUCCUCAGGAGCAGGAGGAUCUGGCCCUGGCUCAGGCCCUCGCUGCUAGUGAGGAAGAGUACCAACGACAACAGCAGAGACAACAGGUAUCAAGAACCCUUAGCAGUCAGUAGCAUGCUAUGCUAGCAGGACCUCAAAUUAGGGGAGGGAGUCCAAGCAGUCCAACUGUUGUCUGUCUUAAAAUCAAAUCAUGCUGACCCAAAGCAAUCUGCCUCUUUUUAAACACACACACACCCCAGUAAUCUGAAUGGACUAUUUCUUAACCCAGCACACAAUCUUCUGGGUCUGCCAAUGCAAUUAUUUUUCAGACAAAGCUUUAUGUACAUAUUUUAUACAGUGAAUAUGUUCAUCAAUAUUCAAUGUAGAUGUUUCUGGAAAUAAAUUAUUUUAAACAUUU